GUCGUGGAAUUCCAAAAGAAGGAAGGUCGGAGGUUGAGGAGAUCUUCAAGCGUCUGCUAUCCCAUAAGGGCGUCAUGGGUGCGAUAAUUGCGAGUUCUGAUGGUAUUGCCAUCCGCUCCACCAUGGACAACAGUACAACAGUACAGUAUUGUGGACUUAUCCAACAACUUACAGCGAAAGCCCGUUCAGCUGUUCGUGAUUUGGAUCCCUCAAACGAUUUGACCUUCCUACGAAUACGUAGCAAGCGGCAUGAGAUCAUGGUUGCUCCUGGUAAGUUGUGUCGAGGUCCACCUGAUUUUGGAGCACCUGGAAACUAAAUCGUGAUUACAGUCUGAUUGUCGUGCAAGAAACGGGUACAGAUUAGCACAUAUCCGCGACAUCUGGGAGGAUUUCAGCUUGGUUAUUGGUUCACGGGUGCUGUCUUUCGUUUAUUUUUUUCUCUGUAUACAUACAGAACUCGAAACCAGACAAAUAUUCACUAAUUCCCACUGGUUUCCACUGGUUAAUACUUCUGCUCACCAAUGAUGGAAUAAUCUAUUCCUAGUUACAGAUCACACAGGACGCUUUUCCUGACCUGUUUGUUUUUCUGCACUAUGUUAUUCCUCUGGGGCGAAAGAUGUCCAAAUGAACAUUCUGUGACGACCAGCCGGAAUGGCUGCUCUUGUUGGUUUCAAAGGGACACAAGUUAUUCUAUGUGCCAUACUACGCAGAAGAUAAAUGAGUGUCAAGCAACUGAUUUCUAUGAAUUUGCUUAUGGUUACUCCUUUUCGGAUUAGGGACAAGAAUGUUUCGAG